GAGGAGGAUAUUGUCCAAUUAUUUGCUUUGCUCUUCACAUCGCUGUCAAAGUUGAAAGAAGUGGCCAUUUCACUAUCUCACCGCAAUAACCGAAGUCUCAGUCACUGCGCAUGGGCCACGAUAGGCUCAAUGACCACGUGUCUUCCCAAUAAGCCUACCAGUGAUGGAUUCAAACCACAGGAUGGAGCUCCUUAACAUCGGAAUCCAGAGGGUCAUAGAGGAGAAGAAGAUCAAAGAUGCCUCCGGUGAUACCCUCAUGCUCAUGGACGACAACGUCGAUGACCAGCUUCUCCUCUCGGGAUUGCUCUCUCAGUUGGAAUCGUUGAAAGGAGAUGGCCUGAUUGAGGAACCUGAAGGUUCAACUGAGAUAGAGGAGGUGUCUUCUGGAGAAGUUGAUAAUGUGGAGACGAAGAUGGAGAAUGCUGGUGAGGUCGAUGGUGGCAGCAACGUCGGCAUUGGUACAGAAGAGAUAGUGAAAGAGCUUAAGAAGGUGAAGAAGCAGAAUUUUGUAACUCACUGCCUUCUUUCUGUCAUGAUUGUGCUCAUUCUUGCUUGGCAAGUAUCUGAGGUCUCCCUAAUAUGGAAACUUAAAGAUGGGUUAAGCCACCCAUUUAGGUCCUUCGGAGGUGUGUUCUCACGGAUUCUGAAACCUGGCUCCGAUACAAAUGGUCAAGAUGCAGAAAAACAGUUCUCCGCUGCCAAACAACGCCUUACUGAAGCAGCUGCUGCUCUCCCCGCUGCCAAACAACGCCUUACUGAAGCAGCUGCUGCUCUCCCAUCUGUCAUAAUUCCAGAAAUCCCCCUUGGGGAUUUGCCGGAUUUGGUUUUGGACGAUGAACAUCAAUGAAAAGUGUUUGUUUGAUACGAAGCCAAGAGAGAAAUGUAUGGUCUUGAAUACAGUAUUGCUUGGUUUAAUCUGCAAUCGUUGUACAAAGCUUCCUUCCUCUAAAUUCAUUUAUUGAGAUGUUUGAAAGACAAGAUUGUAAUAUAUCUUGCCCGUAGUGUAAACGUUUGAAGUUCUCUUGGAGGCUUCAUUGAAGACCUAUGAAGCCAUGCCUAAGGGGUGACCUGUCAUUUCAAAUUUAAAGUUAAUAUAUCUAUUUGAUGUCA